AUGAAUACUUUCACAGCCACAUCAGUUCUAAUCGUUGCGAUUAGCAUUUUGCUCAUUGCAUCCAGCGUUCAAAGUACUGAACAACAAGACUACUUAAACACUCACAACGCCGCACGUUCGCAGGUCGGAGUACCGAACCUUGUAUGGGACGCAACGGUUGCGAGCUAUGCACUGAACUACGCAAACGCUAGAAAAUCUGACUGCAACCUCGUGCACUCGACAGGACCAUAUGGAGAAAACCUAGCCAAGGGAAGUAGCAGCACGUUCUCGGCCAUAUCGGCCGUGAAUCUUUGGGUCGCUGAGAAACCUUACUACAACUACACUACCAAUUCUUGUACAGGCUGCAUAGAUGCAUAA